CUGUUAGCUAGCUAGCAUGCUUUAGCAAGAGAGUUCCAUGAAUGAAGUUGUCCUGCCUGAGUGAUGUCGUCAUUGCCCUGUUACCACACACGAGGGUUCGCUAACUCUACUCUUGCCAACGUGUCGCGUAUCCUAACAUUACCAGUCGAUGGUGUAGAGCCGCCGCCCGGCUGAGCCCCGACAUGUUGUCAUCCAUGUGGUGCUGCUCCAGUGGGACUGGGAUCUUACUGGUGAAAACUGGCUCUGUCCUCGCGCUCAUUUUGCAGAACACUGUUCAUUUCAUGUUUCACACGGACCAGGACGUGAUCUGUGUCCCCAAGAGGUCUGCACCCAGUUCCCCAAGAGAAUAACAUCGAGCAGGAAAAGCCACAGGUCUGCUGCUGUGGAGAGACAAAUGGAAAUGAUGAUUGGGGAUGAUAGGAGUGAGGAGAAUCUUGUGAAGAAGAAGAAGAAGAAACAGAAGAAAGCACAAGCCUCUGUGCCUGAAAAUCCAACAGAGGUGAAAAAAGAAAGGAAGAAAAGCAAAACAGAUAAGACAGUGGUUAUAGAAGAUGAGUCGAAGGAUGGAGGUGAUGAAAAGAAAAAUAAGAAGAGGAAAAAUGUCAAUGAUUCUCUGAAUGAUGCCAGAGGUUCUGAUGCCACGGAAACGGCAAAGGAAGGAGUCAAGAAAAAGAAGAAGAAGAAGAAGAAGCAGCAGGUAGAUGAUGUAAAUAAUGAGGAAACUGCACAGAGUUCAGGUAAUGAAGAAAUGGAAAAGAAAUUAAAGAAUAAUACUGUGCACAGUAAAGCUGAAAAUGUAAAGAUACAGAAAGAAGAAGAACAGCCGGGUGGAAAGGAUGAAGAGCCAAAGAAAGCUAAGAAAAGAAAAAACAAUAUUUUGUCUGUAAACACAGAAGUGACUGAAGAGCUUAGUAAAGGAAAGAAAAAGAAGAAAAAGAAAACCUCGGAGGAAGAAACGACUGAAGCUAUUGAUGAAGUGACUACAACGAAAAAGAAAGCUGUAGUGGGCGAGAAUGAACUGAAGCUAGAAACAACAGCAGCAGGAGGUACUGGGGGUGAGGAGGUAACGGUGAAGAAGAAGAAGAAGAAGAACAAGGCUGAAAAUGGAGACGAAACGCCUGAGAUCCAAGGGAGCAAAGCCAAAAAGACAGAAACAGACAGUAUGCUGGACGAGAGUGGGAUUCUUUUAGAGGAAGGGAAGACAGAGCAAAAGAAAAAAGGUAAAGGUAGGAAAGCUUCUGUGGAGGUCACCGAAGUAGAAGAUACAGAGCCCAAGAAAAAGAAGAGGAAAAAGGGAAGCUCAAAGGGAGAGGAAGAGCGGCCAUUAAUCAAAUGUGAAGAAAAUGAGGAGGCCGGUGACAUAACAAGCAAGAAAAUCCAAAAGAAGAAGAGCUCUGCUGAGGUGACACAGACGAAGAAAGAGGUUGGAGUUGAAACUGGUGCAAAGAAGAAGAAAAAGAAAAAGAUCGAAGAGGAGGCCCCUCAGAUGGACGCAGUGUUUCUGUCAGAGAAGAAUGGAAACAAGGAGAGAAGACCGGUGCUGCAGAUGGAGAAUCACAAGGCCUCUCAACCUGAAAAACCAGCUCUACCAUCGGGUUUGGGUCAGUGGAGCACCGCUCGGUUCGAUAGCUCUGACCAGCAGCAGAAGUUCCUCCGUCUGAUGGGCGGCUUCAAAAAGAACUUCCAACCUGCUGCGGCGAGCACUGAUGGAGCAAAUAUGGCGAUGGGGCAAGAUGCACAGCAGAAGCUGCAACAAGGGCUUCUGGGAGAGUUUGAGCGUGCUCACACGCGCAGAAUGGACUUCAGUAACAAAGGGGCAGGGCUUGGGUUUUCUGCACCAUCCAAUAAGAAGUUCUCUAUUGACAUCAACACAAGUCGAUCAAUUCGCUUUGAUGAUUAACAUAAUUGUGAUGAAAAGUAAUCUUUGUGCAUGUUUACUUUUAUUUAUGGAUUCAUACUUUGCUGUCUGCUAAGGUCGACUGGAGAACCUUUUAACUUGUGGAGAUGUGAUCAUCAGCCAUUGAACACAAGACCAAACGCCAUUUGUACAUGCUGUAUAUUAAACAUCCUCUCCCUUGAGGAACUGGACUGCUAUUACAUAUGAAAUAAGAACCACUUUUGGUUUAUUGCAAGGUCAAAUUUCACUUUACACUGGUGAAAAAUGUCAAUCUUGUAUUUUCAGAUUUUAUAUUUUAGAUCUAAAUUUGACAAAUUAUUUUUAUAUUGGCAAGUUACUACAAUCUGCAGAUGCCCCAUUGAUUUUACCUGUAACAUUAAAUAGUUCGACAUUUUAUUUUCAAAAGAGGUGACAAAUGUGACGAUAUAAAAUCAUGUGUAGGAAGAAAUGUUUGUUUUUGUCAGUUGAGUGGAUGUAUGGAUCUGUUAACGAACUGAGAAAAUCACUUAGUUUCAUAUUAAGUGCAAAAUAACAUCACUUAAAGUAAUAUUUGUAUAAAAGAAAAACUUGCUUUCAUUGUUUUAUUUUAUUCCAGUCUUGCGCAUUACAUCUGCUGUAAAGUGAAAGAAUAAAGAAGAAGAAAAGUUCCCUUUA